AUGUCUCCGGCGGCUGCGGCGGCUGGAGGAGGCGAGCGGCGGCGGCCGGCAGCCGGCGUCAGGGACGGCCGGGGCGGGGGCUGCGGCGGCCCGGCCGGGGCGGCGCUCGUCGGCCUCUCGCUGCUCGGCCUCUCGCUGCUCGGCCUCGUGCUGCUCCUGGUGCCGGCGGCGGCCGCGCUGGCCUGGCUGGCCGUGGGGGCUACCGCGGCCUGGUGGGGACUGAGCCGCGAGCCCCGGGGUGCGCGCGCCUCGGCGCCGGGUCGGAACGCGCGGCGCCAGCGGACGCGGCCGCCCUCGCCGCCGGCCAAGCCGGCAGUGAACGGCAGCCUGCUGGAGCCGCGGGCGCUGCUCGAGGGGCCCGCCGCGGCUGAGCUGCUGCUCAUGGGCAGCUACCUGGGCAAGCCCGGCCCUCCGCGGCCUCCGCCCGCUCGGGAGGCCCGGGACCCGCCGCAGGGGCCCGGCCGCCGGCCCGCCGCCCUCCGCCCGGCCGCCCGGCCCUCGCCGCCGGCGCCCUCGGCCGGCCUCGGCCACCGCGCGCAGCCCGGGCCCCCCACGCCUGUGCUCCGAGCCUCGAGGAGGCUGCCCCGGCGGAAUUGUGGGACUUUGCCAAAUCGGUUUGUAAUAACACCUCGGAGAAGUUACCCAAUCCAGCAGGCCCAAUAUUCCUUCCUGGGGGCACUUCCCACGGUGUGCUGGAACGGUUACCACAAGAAGACGGUGCUGUCUGCACGUAAUUCCAAGAUGGUGUGCAGCCCAGUGACAGUGAGGAUUGCUCCUCCUGAUAGCAAGUUGGUUCGUUCACCAGUACCAGAGCAGAUAAUCAGCUCAACACUGUCCUCACCAUCAGGUAAUAUUCCAGACCCAUGUGCAAAGGAGACUGUACUGAGUGCCCUGAAGGAGAGGAAGAAAAGAACAGUGGAGGAGGAAGACCAAAUAUUCUCAGAUGGCCAGGAAAAUAAAAGAAGGCGCCAUGAUAGCAGUGGAAGUGGACAUUCAGCAUUCGAGCCCCUGGUGGCCAAUGGAGUCCCCGCUUCAUUUGUGCCUAAACCUGGUUCUCUGAAGAGAGGUUUCCAUUCCCAGAGCUCAGAUGACCACUUGAACAAGAGGUCCCGCACCUCGUCUGUGAGCUCCGUGACGAACACGUGUGCGGUUGGCAUCCCAAGCUCCAGCCGUAAUGCCAUUACCAGUUCCUAUAGUUCUACUCGUGGUUUCUCUCAGCUAUGGAAGAGAGGUGGUCCCAGUUCAUCACCCUUCUCUAGCCCAGCCUCAUCCCGCUCCCAGACACCGGAGAGACCAGCAAAGAAAAUAAGAGAAGAGGAGCUUUGUCAUCAUUCUAGCUCUUCAGCCCCACUGGUAACAGACAAGGAGUCCCAGGGAGAAAAGGUUGCAGAUACAACCACAGGGAAGAAACAAAACUCGAAUACCCCAUCUAUACCUGGCAGCUCUGGGCAGCGUAAACGGAAGAUUCAGCUGCUGCCCUCUAGGCGAGGGGACCAGCUGACCUUGCCUCCACCUCCCCAGCUUGGUUAUUCCAUAACUGCUGAAGAUCUAGACUUGGAAAAGAAAACAUCAUUACAGUGGUUUAACAAGGUCUUGGAGGAUAAGACAGAUGCUGCCUUGAACUCUUUCACUGAGAACCUACCUACUGCUCAGCCUUCUUUUACUUUCACCCUGCCUGCUGCUGGGACUGCCUCCUCGCCACCCUCUAUCCUGGCCCCGAGCACUAACCCACUGCUGGAGAGCUUGAAGAAGAUGCAGAGUUCCCCGGGCCCACCAUCCCUCCCAGAAUCUUCUGGAGUGGCAACCGCUGGGGCCCAUUUGCCUCUGAAGACACCCAGCCUUCUGGCCCAUCUUGGGGCAUCACAGUCAGAAGCCCCUUCAGAAUCAAAAUCCACAGCCACCUUCCCGGGGCUGAUCCCUGACUCCACAGUACCAGUCACUGACAUCACCAAGUCACCUCCGACCCUCCAGGCUGAGACAUCUGCCAAACCCCAAACCCCAUCUGCCCCAUCCCCCACCGCCAAGCCAAGUAUUCUCUUUGGAAUGCUGAACACCGCAACUUCUGGCCCUUCUGUAGCUCCUGCUGUGUUUUCAGCAGUUCCAAUGUUCAAGCCCAUUUUUAGGGCCCCAUCUAAAAGUGAGAAUGAAGGCCCCUUGCCUGCUAACCCUUCAUUCACAACUACCACAUCCAGCUCUGCCCUCCCUGCAGUUCCUAACACCUCAGCCCCCACUUUCCAGCCUAUCUUUGGCAGCAUGGGGCCACCAACAUCUGUGCCCUUGUCAUCUCCUUUCUCCUUCAAGCAGACAACCGCUCCAGCCACUACCACAGCUGCUCCUCUCUUCACCAGCCUGUCCAGUGCCACCGCUACAGUGGCUUCCAUCACCACAGCCAGUACAUCCACAGACUCUGCUGCAAAGCCCAUCUUUGGCUUUGGUGUGAACAGUGUGACUAGCACCAUGAGCAGUGUGACUAACACCACUUCCACCUCCCAGCCUUUCCUCCUUGGGGCUCCGCCUGCCUCUGGUGCCAGCUUUACCCCAGGCCUGGGCUCCAUGUUCCAGUUUGGCAAGCCUUCUGCCAUGUCUGCCUCCACAGCAGUCACCACCUUUGGCCAGUCCCUUCCCAGUGCUGUUCAGACAGCCCCCAGCAGCAGCACUGCCAGCUUUAGUGGUUUUGGCAGCACCCUUACCACCUCAGCCCCAGGUACCACCAGCCAGUCUACCCUCACGUUCGGUGGUACCACAACCUCGGCAUUCAACAUUCCCUUUGGUUCAAGCACCAAGCCCCUUCCCCCAUCAUAUCCGGGAGCCAACCCCCAGCCCACAUUCGGGGCCACUGACGUGCAACAGCAGACAACCACCAAGCCAGCCCUUGCCCCUGGCUUUGGCAGCUCUUUCAGUUUCGGGAACUCUGCGUCCCCAGCCCCAAUUGCAAACCCAGCACCGACCUCAGCUCAGCCAGCCUUUGGCAGCACCACGCAGGUGGCCUUUGGUGGUUUGAAGCCCCUGGCCUCCACCUUUGGCUCCCCCGCCAGCACCCAGCCGGCCUUUGGCAGCACCACAGCUGUCUUCUCCUUUGGUGCAGCCACCACCGCUGGCUUUGGGGCUACAACCCAGACCACCAGCAGUGGGACCAGUAGCUCAGCGUUUGGCAGCACAACGCCGUCGCCCUUCACAUUUGGGGGAUCAGCAGCACCAACUGGCAGCGGGGGCUUUGGGAUCAGUGUGGCUACCCCAGGCACCAGCUCCACCUCUGGAGCAUUCAGCUUUGGAGCAGGACAGAGUGGGACCACCAGCACUACAGCCCCUUUUGGUGGAGGCUUGAGCCAGAACACCUUGAGCACACCCAGCCAGAGCACACCAUUUGCCUUCAAUGUGGCCAGCACGCCUGACAGCAAACCUGUGUUUGGAGCUCCUCCCCACUCGCCCAAAGAAGCGAUUCUGAUGCAGCUUGAAAAUCCUUGUUCUAGCGCCUGCUGUUGUGUUACUUGCCACACUUUGCAAAGAUUGGGACACCCAGAGAAAUGUUCUCAGGUAGCAGCUGCCCUGAUGAGACCUUGUUCAAUCUUUCCAGGAUCUGCGGCUCCUUCAUUUUCCAUUGGUGCCGGAUCCAAGACCCCAGGCGCUCGACAGCGACUGCAGGCCCGAAGGCAGCACACCCGCAAGAAAUAGCCCUUGACCCUUGUCCCCACCCCCCCACCCCCACCCAGAUCUGGACUUCUGCACCUGCUGGGAAGAGCCUCUGCCCAUUUUAGUCCCGAAAAGUAACCCUACCCCAGAUCUCCGGCUUCAGCCACCAAGGAGGCAGUGGCAACUUUGGGGGCCCUUUCCCUCCUCGAGGAACCAGAGGCCCCCAGCCUCUAGAGGGAGCAGGGAGGCAGGGUGUGGCAGAGCAGGUGCCAACACCUCUGCUUGUACAGCUCCGUCAGCGAGGCUAGAGAACUAAAGGAACAUCUGUACAUACGGCCCGUUCCUUCCCUGACUCGUUUGGUGCAUACAUCCGACGCCCUCCCCGCCUGCCUUUUCCCUGAGAUCCGCCUUUGUUAGAGGGUACAAGGUCCAGCCCUUGCCAACUUGCAUCUCUGGGUAUGCAUUUGAUGGGGUUGGGGGAAACAGAUGAUCCCUGAAGCUUUACCUUGCUUGGCUUGGCUAUACGUGGUUGUCUUCCUUUGGUCCCUCUAGGGGACUUUGUUUCCCCAUAUCUUGCUGCUUUCUCCCUCACCGGUUCCUUGCAGUAUCUAUCCAUUUUACAAAGAUCUCGUACCCAGCUUUGCCUUGGAGAUCUCAGUGGGUGCUGCUCCGGCUCUUUCACUUCCUCCUGCCUAGCCCUCUCUGCCAGUUUGGCCCCUAAAAGCUUAGUGGCUCAAGACUGUUAGCCUGGCAGACCCCGAGGUGAGACUCCUCCAUCCAGGAGAGAGAAACUCUUGCAUCAGUUUUCCUCCCGCCGUGGAGCAGGCAGGAUGCCCACUGCUGCUUUCAGUGGCCUCCUCCCCCUCGUCUGUUUGCCUCACUGGGCCCUUGCCUGUCCCGGGAUUGUGUAUUUGAAGCUUUGUCCUAUGUUACUGUGUCUGAUGCUCACGUCUAUUGCUCUUUGAAUCGAGUUUGGAGGAAGAACUGAAUUGUGUGAGUGGCGGCAUGUUGGUAGUGCCGGACUUUACUGUGUCAAGUUUUCUGGGGUCAAGCUAACUGAACGUGCAAAGUAGCACCGUUACAGCUACAAGUGCUGACUCUGAAUUUUCAAACGGUGUCUUUACUGUAAGUGCUGGCAGCCCAGGAGGAUGGGGCCUAGGGAAGACCUCUUCUGCUGUUUCCCUCCCACUUAGCUGACCUCAUCUAGGUAGCUCACCCCAAGUGCGUUAGGAAGCCCAAAUUAACGAACCACACUUUAAAUUGUACCUUAGCCAUUUUUUCCAAAUAGGGCCUUCUUCAGCCCUACACCUUUCCCCUUUUCUUGCUUUGUUCCAAAAACCACAUACCCUAGGUCCAAGAGUCUUGCUGCCAUGCCCACCCUCUUUGGGAGAAGUAUGAAUGUGUGUGUCUAAAUUAAAAGAAAAAAUAUUUAAACAUUUUUUAACAAAAUAAAAAUUUAUUUUUGUAUUUAAGCUAAAUUGCCUUUUAAAUUCCUUCAAGCUUGGUUCAUUGAGGUGGUUAAGUGUAAAAGCUAUCAACUAGGAAUUUUAGCUGCGUAGUUAAGUUAUGCCUGAGUGAAGAGACUCAAACGUGGUCCCAAGUAGCUUUCCUAAGGGACUAGAGCUCCUCUGGUCACGUUCCAUCAAGUGGAAUUCUUAUUUUAUAAAUACUGUGAUGUAGAUGUAACUGGCUCCCCUGCUUUGUGACUGAGGUUGAAUGUUUUGACUGGGGAAUGCUCCCCAUCCGCAAGGAGAGCUCCCAAGUCCAAUGUGUGUGUGUGUUUGGAGCUGAGGAGGGAGCCUGAAUCUCAAGUCCCAAAUACCUCUUAGGAUCGGAGCGGGGUGGGGCGGGGUCCAGGUAUAGAAAUCAAGUGUCUGCCUGUACCUUAUAUAAGGUAGAGCCUCUAGUUUUGGCACUUCCAGCUAGUGUUACCUCAGUUCCACAGGCAGGACAUCUGGUCCAGGAACCCCGAGCAGGCACCCUGGUGGCCUGAGUGUGUGUAUGUAUACAUGUGCGUGCACCGGACAUGAACAGGAGGCAGAGACUUUCCAUGACAAGUAAGGAUUUCAUUCCUGCUGAGUCUAGUUGCCGUUUUUAGUAUGAAUGUGCAAUUUUUCUCCUUGCUUAUGUCAUUAAGAAUAAAAAACCUGUGAUCUGUCA